AUGUCCGAAGAGUUAAGCAAUAUUUAUAACAAACUUUAUAUUGAUGCAAUUGAAAAAAUAAAAUCGGAUCAAUAUGUAAUAGAUCAUAUGAUUGAUUCACCUCUUGAUAAACGAUUUGGUUUAGCACUUAUUAUCAAACUAGAUCAACAUGUCAAACAGCAAAUUCAAACAUUUCUUUCUACUUUACAUGCAAUAGAACCUGAUCAAUAUUAUCUUCCAUCUUCGGAUAUUCAUAUAACUUUACUACCAAUCAUUUCUUGUUCGGCAGAUUUUGAUUUAAAUCAAAUUUCAGCUCAAGAUUAUAUUGAUCUUCUUCGUGAAAAUCUAUUCAUAGAAGGAAAAUUGGAAAUUAAUUUCAAAGGUAUUACAGCAUCAUCCUCAUGCAUAAUGAUUCAAGGAUUUCCUCAGCAAAACAUAUUAAAUGAACUUCGCAAUCAACUAAGAACAUUAUUCAAAACUUCUUCAUUACGACAAACCAUAGAUGAACGAUAUUUUCUUCAAACAGCACAUGUAACUGUUGUUCGAUUUAGAAAAGCAUUUACGGCAAAAGAAGAAUUUCUAAAAUUACUUGAAGAUUAUAAAGAUUAUGAUUUUGGUACGAUGACAGUCAAUGAGAUAGAACUGGUUUAUCAUGAUUGGUAUGUACGAGAGAAAAUUGUAAAAUCAUUAUGCCGAUUCGAAGUUUAA